AGAAGACAGGACUGACCAAGAAGGAGCAGAAAAACAAGAUGAAUGAUGUGAAGCUUGCUGUUUUGGGUGGUGAAGGUACAGGCAAAUCUGCCCUUACAGUAAGAUUUCUUACCAAGCGAUUCAUUGGGGAAUAUGCAUCUAAUUUUGAAUCUAUCUACAAUAAACAUUUGUGUUUGGAAGGGAAGCAACUGAAUCUGGAAAUAUAUGACCCUUGCUCUCAACGCCAGAAAACACAAUUCUCCCUCACAAGUAAACUCCAUUGGGCAGACGGGUUUGUCAUUGUGUAUGACAUCAGUGAUAGGUCUUCUUUUGCUUUUGCAAAAGCACUGAUCUACAGAAUUCGGGAGCCACAAACUAGUCAUUGUAAAAGAGCUGUGGAAUCAGCAGUGCUUUUGGUUGGCAACAAGCAAGAUCUCUGCCACAUGCGAGAGGUUGGCUGGGAAGAAGGGCAAAAGCUGGCACUGGAUAACCGAUGCCAAUUCUGUGAGCUGUCUGCAGCAGAGCAGUCUCUGGAGGUAGAAAUGAUGUUUAUCAGCAUUAUCAAGGAUGUCCUGACAAACUUCAAACUCAAAGAAAAGAGAAGACCCAGUGGAUCUAAAUCAAUGGCCAAAUUAAUCAAUAAUGUAUUUGGAAAGAGAAGGAAAUCUGUGUAGUAGACUUGUGAUCCUAGGGGAUUUAUUACAUCGGAGAGUUUUAAAUAUUCACAUGAUAAUUAAAUUUACCUAUUGUGUAAUAUAAAUUUUUUUUAAAAAAUAACUUUCUUGGAGAUAUAGAAUAAUUGAACAUGAACCACAACUGCGUUUUCAAAUAUUUAGUUUGUUUUAUUGGUUGUUUGUGUCCUGUCACUCAGCUAGACAUUUAGCCUUUCCUUUAUUGCACUCAGUAUAAUCUAUUGUUGGAUUUUUAUCCAGUUUGCCUUGCCAAAUAAACUGUGCUUAUGUAAUUUUA